CGGCUGGGCUCUCCCCUUGGAGCUCAGACUCCUCAGCCGCAGGCUGUCUCUCUGGCGAGCCUCAGCCAGGGCGCGCAGCCCUGAGCGUUUGUCGCUGCGGCCGGGUUGGCAGGCCCCGAGGGGCGCGGGGUCGCGGGCCGGCCCGCAGGGCUUUGCGCCGCUCGUUCCCGGGUGUGCGCGAGGCGCGGAGCAUCCAAAUUGACACCAUAUGUUUUCCUAUUAGUUGCUUCGCGGUCGAGUUCUAGGCGCAUAAUCAUCGCCAGUGGGCGAGAGCGCCAGCCGUCCCUAGGGAAGGGACACAAUGAUUGAGGCUUAACCUCUGAAAGGAAUUUGGAGCUGCGCUUUCUCGCUGCCAUUUCGAUGCUGGAAGUGGCGCUCUGGCCCUGGCGUCUCCUGGGCGAGCACCCGCCGGCGGUAGCUGCGGAGGUAGCGGGCACGUUGUUAUUUUUUGAAAUGGGUGAGGAGGGAGGUCUAGAUUUAGGCGGCCUCACGCGCCCGCCUUGGCAUUAGCAGACUGGGAAUUGCCGUGGCUAUGCCCGAAGUUUGGAAAAUCUCUCUCGGUCUCUUUCUGGGACAGCCUUUCUUUUUCCGGGAAGCUCCCUGUGCCUAGAGGUGGGGCUCUGUAGCUGGAGGGGUAGAUGGAACUUGCGAGGCAAAGGAAGGCAAUAGAAGGAAGUUAGGAGAAACCGGAAACGUGGGCCAGGCCUUGCUCUGUUGGAGAAGCGGUGUCCCCGCAAUGUCCCUGCUUGCGCUGGUCCCGGCCGGAGCCCAGAUCCCCCAAACGCCUGUCACUUCUCAUCGAGUUGAGGCUCCGGCCCCCACCCGCGCCUCGGUGAGGGCCCCCCCUCAGCCCCAAGCCUUCGGCUACCCUGAAAACGCGGCUCCCCUCGAAGGGGAAACGAGUGCAGUUCAAUCUCGUCUGAGUGAUCUACAAAUAAGGACGGAAAGGGUCGUUUUAUCACGGUCCCGUUUGUCGUGACGAUGCAAUUUCCCGGAGCGGAGCACUGUCACAAAGUGACAAGGCUGCCACAAGCGCCCCGACUGAUCUUUUCAAUUAGCCUUCCAUGCAUGAUCCGGAGCGACUUCCGCCUAUUUCCAGAAAUUAAGCUCAAACUUGACGUGCAGCUAGUUUUAUUUUAAAGACAAAUGUCAGAGAGGCUCAUCAUAUUUUCCCCCCUCUUCUAUAUUUGGAGCUUAUUUAUUGCUAAGAAGCUCAGGCUCCUGGAGUCAAUUUAUCAGUAGGCUCCAAGGAGAAGAGAGGAGCGGAGAGGAGAGCUGAACAGGGAGCCACGUCUUUUCCUGGGAGGGCUGCUCUCUAAGUCGGGGCUGCAGGUCACAGCGGAGUGAAUCAGCUCGGUGGUGUCUUUGUCAACGGGCGGCCACUGCCGGACUCCACCCGGCAGAAGAUUGUAGAGCUAGCUCACAGCGGGGCCAGGCCGUGCGACAUUUCCCGAAUUCUGCAGGUGUCCAACGGAUGUGUGUCAUCAAUAAACAGAGUUCUUCGCAACCUGGCUAGCGAAAAGCAACAGAUGGGCGCAGACGGCAUGUAUGAUAAACUAAGGAUGUUGAACGGGCAGACCGGAAGCUGGGGCACCCGCCCUGGUUGGUAUCCGGGGACUUCGGUGCCAGGGCAACCUACGCAAGAUGGCUGCCAGCAACAGGAAGGAGGGGGAGAGAAUACCAACUCCAUCAGCUCCAACGGAGAAGAUUCAGAUGAGGCUCAAAUGCGACUUCAGCUGAAGCGGAAGCUGCAAAGAAAUAGAACAUCCUUUACCCAAGAGCAAAUUGAGGCCCUGGAGAAAGAGUUUGAGAGAACCCAUUAUCCAGAUGUGUUUGCCCGAGAAAGACUAGCAGCCAAAAUAGAUCUACCUGAAGCAAGAAUACAGGUAUGGUUUUCUAAUCGAAGGGCCAAAUGGAGAAGAGAAGAAAAACUGAGGAAUCAGAGAAGACAGGCCAGCAACACACCUAGUCAUAUUCCUAUCAGCAGUAGUUUCAGCACCAGUGUCUACCAACCAAUUCCACAACCCACCACACCUGUUUCCUCCUUCACAUCUGGCUCCAUGUUGGGCCGAACAGACACAGCCCUCACAAACACCUACAGCGCUCUGCCGCCUAUGCCCAGCUUCACCAUGGCAAAUAACCUGCCUAUGCAAGACUCAUUUCCCCUGGUGUGUCAGUUCCAGUUCAAGUUCCCGGAAGUGAACCUGAUAUGUCUCAAUACUGGCCAAGAUUACAGUAAAAAAAAAAAAAAAAAAAAAAAGGAAAGGAAAUAUUGUGUUAAUUCAGUCAGUGACUAUGGGGACACAACAGUUGAGCUUUCAGGAAAGAAAGAAAAAUGGCUGUUAGAGGCGCUUCAGUUCUACAACUGUGUCCUGUAUUGUACCACUGGGGAAGGAAUGGACUUGAAACGAGGACCUUUGUAUACAGAAGGCAAGAUAUCAGUUGGAACAAAUCUUCAUUUUGGUAUCCAAACUUUUAUUCAUUUUGGUGUAUUAUUUGUAAAUGGGCAUUUGUAUGUUAUAAUGAAAAAAAGAACAAUGUAGACUGGAUGGAUGUUUGAUCUGUGUUGGUCAUGAAGUUGUUUUUUUUUUUUUUUAAAAAGAAAACCAUGAUCAACAAGCUUUGCCACGAAUUUAAGAGUUUUAUGACGAUAUAUCGAAUACUUCUACCCAUCUGUUCAUAGUUUAUGGACUGAUGUUCCAAGUUUGUAUCAUUCCUUUGCAUAUAAUUAAACCUGGAACAACAUGCACUAGAUUUAUGUCAGAAAUAUCUGUUGGUUUUCCAAAGGUUGUUAACAGAUGAAGUUUAUGUGCAAAAAAGGGUAAGAUAUAAAUUCAAGGAAGAAAAAAAGUUGAUAGCUAAAAGGUAGAGUGUGUCUUCGAUAUAAUCCAAUUUGUUUUAUGUCAAAAUGUAAGUAUUUGUCUUCCCUAGAAAUCCUCAGAAUGAUUUCUAUAAUAAAGUUAAUUUCAUUUAUAUUUGACAAGAAUACUCUAUAGAUGUUUUAUACACAUUUUCAUGCAAUCAUACGUUUCUUUUUUGGCCAGCAAAAGUUAAUUGUUCUUAGAUAUAGUUGUAUUACUGUUCACGGUCCAAUCAUCUUGUGCAUCUAGAGUUCAUUCCUAAUCAAUUAAAAGUGCUUGCAAGAGUUUUAAACUUAAGUGUUUUGAAGUUGUUCACAACUACAUAUCAAAAUUAACCAUUGUUGAUUGUAAAAAACCAUGCCAAAGCCUUUGUAUUUCCUUUAUUAUACAGUUUUCUUUUUAACCUUA